GCUAACUCUAACCGCCUCAAUCCUCCCCAUAUAAAUUAGAAACCUCACAAACCCUUUCUCUUCUUUCAUCCUAAAAUCGACUCUCCCCAAUUUUUCAAGAUUCAAAUGUCGAUCUUAUCUUCCAGCUCGUUCUCACUAACUCGCUAGCUCAACCGAGUCGACUCGCCGCCUCAAUCUCACCGCACCGUUUGUUCAAAAUCGACAUGGACCGCAUCCCGAUCAACACCGAUGACUUCAACCAGGACGACGACGACGACGACGAGGUUCCGAUGGACGUUGAUGAUUCAGACACCUCCGAUUCCGACUCCGACGAAGCUUCCGAGUCCGAUUACGACAGCGAAGCCACUGACUUGGACUUCACCGACGAACGAUCCUCGGUCUGCACCGGAAAUGAGACGAUGACUCGAGUCAGUGUACUGAGCCGGGAGCACCAGAACAUUCUCAAGGCCUUCGCCGUGGGGAUGGGAUCGGCGGCGAGAGCAACGGAGGUCGUGGCGGUGCACAAGAUCACCACCGCCGCCGGAACUCCCCGCCGUGCGAGGUCCGACGCUUUUCGACUCUUUUCGGAGGCGGUGAAGAACAAAUGCGGCGGAAACCCUAACAUUAGGGGCGGCUGGUACGGCGGCUCCAAGGAGGAGCUGGCUCAAAUUGCGGCCGAUGGAUUCAGCAGUCUGAACGGCGACGAGUGUGGCCGGAUUCAGCUGGCUGCGGUGAAGUUUGCUCUGGAUAAGGCCAUGGAAAUCGAGGCCGGCGACGACGGACUGAGGCACAUGAUGCUGUGUAGGGUUAUAUUGGGGAAGAUGGAAGAGUUGCUUAGUGGCUCAAAGCAAUGUCUGCCGAGUUCGGAUGAGUUUGAUUGUGGCGUGGAUAGUGUUGUGAAUCCGAGAGUGUACUAUGUGUGGAGUCCGUAUAUGAACUCGUACAUUUGUCCUUGUUACGUUGUGAGCUUCAAGGCUCCUGCUAGCUUGAAGUUUUACGCGGCGAGUUCUACUAGUACUAUGCAGGCGGCGAGUAGUGCUGCGGCUGCGGCUGCGGCUUCUCCUUUUGGACGUGUGGCUGUAUCUGCGCUGGUGGCGGCGCUGACGAGGUACCUGACGCCUCCGGAAAUGAAGAUAGUUGUGAGAUUGGUGCAGGAUUUCAGGGCGAAGAAGAUUACAGGGGAGGAGCUGAAGAGGAAAGUGAGGAUCAUAGCUGGGGACAAGUUGAGUUGCGCGAUUAAAUUGAUGUCGUCUGGUAAUACUUUUGGUGGUUUGCAGGUGGAGAAUAGUGAUAUAUAUCUCCCUGGUCUGAUAGCCGUGCUGAAAGAGUAUGUGCCUGCUGAGAAGAUGAACAUGCUGAAUAAAAGUCUAGGGGAUUUCAGGGCUAAGAAGAUGAAUCGAAGUGAGCUGGCUCAAAGUGUGAGGGUCAUUGUUGGUGAUGACAGAGUGUUGGUUGCUGCAAUCAACAUUUACAAAAUCAGGAAGCAGCAAAACAAUUCACUUGUGUGAAGAAGAACUAAAGAUGAUGAGUUACUAGCUAGCCUUUGUUUAAAGUUCUAAUCAGCAUUAGUUUUUGUUUUGGCAGAAGCUUAGUUCUCUGCAUAUAUGCUUGCAUAUGAUGUUCCUUUAGUUUUUUCCAUGAGAACAAUUUGUCUGCUCUAUUCCAUUGCAGAAGUAAGGUGGGUGUAAUCUGUUUGAAGUGAAGAAACUAUUCGAAGUGAAGUGAUAGAUGUGAUCAGACCCUGCGCUUUUGGUGAUUCUGGCUGCGGUAAUCAGAUUUACCUAAUCGUAGACAUUGUGCGUAUCUGUUCUUGAAGAUUUUGAUAGUUUGUUAUGCCGUUUUCAGAUAUGUUUUUUAGUUGAUUUACUGAUGCAAAGCUGCUCAACAACUACUGUUCUAUUCUGCAUAAACCUUCUCAGAAAAAGAAUGUGUUAAUUUAGAUGGA